UCUUUACAUGACUAACUCUGUAGAUAUUAAAGACGGUUGGUUUGAUAUAUAUUUGUUAUUGCUAUUGGUACCUUAUGAAACCAAAUGAAUGUUAUCUUAGAUGGAGGUUGCAUGUGGUAGCUGGGCACUUCCUCAUUUGAGUCAAACUUGUGAAUCAUAUGUACCACGUAAGGCUGGGGUUUCCUGUAUGCUGUAUUGUUCUGUUCAUUAGUAUCAUCUCUAUUUUUAACCAGUAUGCUAGCAGUAUACUACAGUGCUGCUUACUGAAGUGAACUCACUUAAGUAAAAGAAGACACACAUUUCAAGUCAUUGCUGAGAUGACUCUACAGUUCAAAGAUGCCUUUUGGGGAGUCGAUUUCGUCAGUAAUGUGGGAUAUGAGGCCCUCAUUCAAAGACUUUGUGAUGGUCGGCGUACUUGUAAAGACAUUGAGGAACUCUUAAAGAUGAGGGCAUCUGCUGAGGAAAGAUAUGGCAAGGAGUUGGUGACUAUUGCACGCAAGCCAGGAGGGCUCUGCGAGAUAAGCACUUUGAAACAAUCCAUCGAUCAACUCAGAACUGGUAAGGAGAAAAGCACUCCCAUUUUCCAUAUUUUAAUAGUCCUUGUUUCAGCCCAAUUUGUUGUAUCACUUUGUUUUUCAGAGAUAGAAAACAUUGGGAAUCUGCACUUACAGCUCUCUGGGAUGUUGAAGGAGGAGGUAAAGAGGAUGGAAGUGUUCAGGGAGCGACAGAAAGAUCAGCGAAAAAAGUUUGAGGGAAUCAUGGAUAAGGUUCAGAAGACAAAAGUCUCUCUGUAUAAGAAAACUAUGGAGUGUAAGAGGUUCUAUGAUCAGCGAUGCAGAGAAGCUGAUGAUGCCGAGCAGGUUGCUGAGAAGAUGGGCAGUACAGCGACAGCUACACCUAAACAGACAGAGAGGUUGCACAAUAAAGCUAAGCAGUGCAGAGAGGCUGCAACAGAGGCAGAGAAACAGUACAUUUCAAAUGUGGAACAACUUGACAAGAUUCGUCAAGAGUGGGAAUCCACACACACAAGCACAUGUGAGGUGUUUCAGCAGCAGGAAGAAGAUCGUAUCAACAUAAUCAGGAACGCCAUGUGGGUGCACUGUAACCAUUUCUCCAUGCAAUGUGUCAAAGAUGAUGAGUGUUUUGAGAAAGUUCGGAAAACACUAGAACUGUGUGACAUCACUGCAGACAACAACUCCUUUGUUGAAAUUAAAAGCACCGGCUCAAAUCCCCCAGCACCGAUACUGUUUCAGAACUACUAUGCGAGAGAAUCAACUUCAGACACCAAUGGUAGCACCCGUUUUGUCGAGGGAGUCAUGAAGAGGUUUUCAAAUCUCCUCCAAGGAAACUGCUCUACUGGCUCUAAAACAAACAUUGACGAUUGUGUCCAGGCACCAGUGCCACCUACUGCUGAUGCAUCAGAUGGCGUGUACGCUUCCAUCCCUGGAUUUCCGCAUGACCAGCUGAGCAACUUAGAGAAAACUGAGGAGUACCAGGCUCUGUAUGACUAUGUGGCUCAGGGUGACGAUGAGCUCACACUCUCUGCAGGGGAGACAGUAAUGGUUCUGGACCAGGGUGUUGAUGGCUGGUGGACAGUGAAGAGGAAUGACAAGUCUGGACUCGUGCCUGGGUCCUACCUGGCCAGAUACUUGACAUAUGACUGACAUGCUUUGUAGCACCAUGCUCUCUACUUACUGUCCAACCUCUUGCUUUUAUUUGGUUUUUCCAUGCUCCUCCUUAUUAAUGCGUCAUAGUUACUUGGGGUUUCAUCCUACUGUUUAUGCUUAGCAAUCUGGAACACUUUUAACAAAGCUUUAUCUAAGGGUAGACACAUUCAUUAUUUAUUGUUGAAGAAAAAGGCAUGCACUUCACUUUCCCUUCAAGUCUAAGUUAGGCACUACAUGUUUGUGUUGAGGGAUCAUCUAAGAUGCUGAAUAAAAUGGGUUUCACACAUGGCUCCUGAGACUA